CAUUUUAAUCAGCAGGCGUUAUGACAGUGGAAUGUACAUGUGCAGGUGACGGACAGACGAUCUUUGGAAUCCGAAAGAGCAGCACGUCUGCGAGGAAGCGAUCACUGAAGAAUUAUCGGAACAAACGAAGGAGUAUGUCUGCGUCACCAAAACGUUUCGAAUCACCGCCUGAUCAACUGCAUUCUUCAAAUAUGGAAACUAUUUUUAAAACAUUUGGGAAAUACUGUGAAGUCGUAGUCAAUCCGAAAAGACUUAAGAAGCACACCCUGCAAAUAUGCUGAUACAGAAACUUAACGUCUUUAAAAUGAACAGAAACAUUCGAGUUUAUUUAUAUUUUUCUAUAUGGAUAUUUAUGGCCUUCGGGGCGAUAGUGUUAAACAUCAUCAACGUGGACUGGAACCAGACAGAGUACGUGAACGGUGUAAUCAUUGUCGUGGUCUUAGGGGUACUCCAAGGAUCGGUGUUCGAAUUCCCUGUGCAGACGAUAGCGACACUGAUCGUCGGGGGCGAGACCCGCCAUAACAAAAAAGCCCGUUGCAAUCAUUUCACCAUCGUUCUGAAUUACAACCUACUUGCCCUGGGCCGGGACGACAUUGAUGAGUGUUUAGACACUAUGUACGAAGCUUAUAUCGGCAAUCUGAGACCCAAUGUGUCGGCUGUACUCGUCAGCGCGACCGGCGCCGAGGAACUAAAGGAGUACGAAAUUGAGGUUGUGAAUAAGUUCCGGAGUAUCAUUUAUGAUCAGCUUUAUAACGAGGGCAUAGCGUUCGCUAAGAGUGAUCGGGACUCGAUUGAUCCGCUACACUACGACAAUGUUUGGCAGAUGUACGAAGAUAUUGAUAAGGCGUUGUUUAUCAGGGAAUAUCUCCACCAGGUCUGUGAUAGAUAUGCCAAGGAGUUCAUGGUCAUUCACAGGGUCAGCCGCGUGCUCCGGAAGUGCGGCCAAUAUCAGGACCUCAUGCUAUUGUCGGAAGGUGAUGACGUAGCGUACACGUACUGUGACGUGGAAUAUUAUCAAAAAAGCGCGCGUCGCUAUGGUGAACCACUAUUUCACCAAUCAGAGGAUGUAAGCAAUAUUUUCGGGAGAAAAUUUGAUUAUACGUUAGUGUUGGACGGUGAUACAGGUGUUCCGCGAGGAAUGGUUUUCGACCUCCUCGAGAUCGCUGCAGCCAAUCCCGAGCGCGGAAUUAUCCAGCCAUCUAUUAAACUUCACUGUUCCCGAACAGACACCAUCUUUAUGCAUCUGGAGUCAAUGCGGCAAGCUAUUUAUAGUCCAAUGACGAAUGCGGUCAUGGCACUUCUUGGACAAUCAGCGUAUUUCGGAAAGGCGAUGAUAAAAAAUCGUAUUUACAUUGAUAAGGUUAUUGGCACGCGCACGAACUUGAUCGAGCUCGUGCCUGUUGAUGUGCUUAGCCACGACACGUUUGAGGCGGCCAUCUUACACCCAUUGUACGCUGGCUCUACUCACUUACUAGAGGCACCCUCGUAUAACUUCGUCACUUGGAAUAUAAGAGAAAGACGAUGGAAUCGAGGAGAGGUUUUGUUGGCCAUGUAUUUCUGGAAAAAUGGCAUCGGCAAACCAAUGCGUUGGAUACAACAAAAGUUUCAAAAGGAAAAAUUCAACAAGACGAAACUUCGAACAGAAUCCAAGUUAGAUUUCGUAAGUUCUUAUGUGGCCUACUCUGCUCUCCGUCAGAUGUUGAUGAAACCUCUGUUGUUGUUUUAUGUGAUAAUCCACAUCAGUGUCCACCUCCGUUACAGGUACGCCUCCAUUAUAAUCAUCAUGUUCCUCGUUCUCGUUUUCCCCAAGUUCGCCACGUGCACAAAACACAACUAUAAAUACGUCAUCCUGGAGACCAUCGCCUCCAUAAUCCAGUUUACACCGGAAGCUAUCAUUGGAUGCGUGCGCAUAGUAAAAGCCGUCCAGGCAAAUUUGUUUGCUAAUGUUAAAUGGAUUCCCCAAAGAGCGGUUGAAGAGGAAUUCCGAGAAUCUAAUCCAUUUUGGUUCAGUUUCAAACAUCUGUGGGGAUAUUCAGCAUUCGCUCUUAUUUGUGGCGUGUUAGUGAUAUUAUUUCUACAGAGGGCAAUGUUGAUUCUUGUUAUGCUAGUUACACUCUUUACGUUGCCAUUGUAUACAGGAGUGACGUCACUUCCGGUUGCGGCUUCUAACGAAAAGAGCGUGGUUUACAAGCCGGAUAAAAGCGCACAUGUUGCGUACAGUGUGGCUGCGACACAGGGAGUGUAUACGUCACUAGGCACACUGCGUUCUUCCGGUACAUACACCGGAAGUACUAAUGGUACCUUCAAUGGAAAUCCCGACAUGCCUCCGGUGUGACACUGCAGUUACCGUAGUCCCCAAACUCAUCAUACUUGAACCUUGGGUACUCAAUCCUCUCUCUCAUUUAGUGUCUCUAACAAAGGAAUUGUGCUCGGUGCUAUUGGUGGAAAGUUCGAGGUGAAGUAAUAUAUAUAUAUAUAUGCAAUAUAUAUCAUCCAUACCCAACGGUCUGACGCUAGAACUUUCGGAACUCCUCUCUAUUUAGUUAGCGUCAUAAAAUGUCUACCUCAAUGUCGUACUUGUAUUAUACAAAUAUAUAUUUAUAGAUCUCGUACAUUUUUAUCAUAAAAUAAUAUUGCAGAACAUG